AUGGACUUGCGAUCCCUUCUCCUUGCACCCGUGCUGGCGACCGCCGCUGUAGGUAGUGUCAUCGACCUCGAUAUCAAGGUCCGCAACGGCUACAGAACCAUUGAGGUAGACCUGGGAACACCCGGUGGCCCUUAUGAUCUGCUCUAUGACACUGGCUCAACAGAUCUCUGGGUGUUGGACGGCCAGUGUACCGACGCCACCUGUCCCAACGGGAGCGGAUACCCCCGCCACAAGUACAACCUCACAUCUACAGGCAGAAGCCUCGGUCUCAAUGGGUCCAUCGAGUACAGCGGAGGUACCGUUGAGGGCUACAGCGCGUCCGACAUCCUCAGCCUCCCCGGAACCAACGUCUCCUAUCGCCAAUCUUUCCUCAUCGCCACCGACAGCACCUGGGCUGCGCUGGGCGCCGACGGGUUUCUCGGUCUCGGCUCCUCGACGAUCGCGAUCAAUAACGCGACCGCCCCCUUUGAGCAGAUGAUGCAGGACGGCCUGCUGGACCACCCCCGGUUCGCCAUCUACGCGGGCAAGGGCGUCUCCACCACCUCCGACCCUAAUCCUACGAACAACGGCGUCUUCACGCUGGGCGGAAGCCACGAGGACAUCUACGCCGACGGCGAGCUGCAGUGGCUCCAGACCGAAUCGCCCUUUGAAAUCUUCAAGACGGGGCUGUACGGCAUGCAGGGCCACAACACCACCAGCGACGGCAAGAACCAGUCCACUGAGCUGCUCAACUGGUACGGCACUGCCAUUUUCGAUACUGGAGCUUCAGCGAUCGAGAUCCCCGAACAGUACAUCGAUGAGGUCUACGCCAUGACCCCGUUCAAGUACGCAGACCUCCUCAAUGGGUACCGGCCCCUGUGUUCCGAGUUCAACCAGACCUGGUCGGUCUCCUUCACGAUCGGCUUCUACGGCGAGGCGCCCACCUUCACCCUCACCGGGGACCAGUUGGCGGUGCCCGGCUACCAGGACGACGAGCACUGCUUCCCUCCGUUCAAUGCUUGGAACAGCUUCAACACGAUCUUCGGGCAGCAUUGGAUGCAGAACUUUUACAUGGUGUAUGAUUUUGGGUCCUUCGAGCCCGAGUCCUAUAACAUCCGCUUGGGGAUUGCGCCGUUGAAGAAGGAGUAUCGUCAUCGGGUUUGA